AUGUGGCGGUGCGCUAUUGGCCUUUGGGUGUGGAAUCCAAGUGGGACUCUCUGUGACUCUCUGGUGGGUGAGUUGAUGGCGGAAUCAAUGUGGAAACAGUCUCUGCAAGUGGUAAAUCACCUUUUGAACAUUAGGAAGCUGAGUUGUGGGGAUGCGAUAUCUAUCGACGACCACGUUGGAGAACCUGAUGGAACCACUGAAAGGUUCGUAGUCGGUCCUAGCGACACUAUGCGGGUGGCAUACGACCCAACUUUUGUGCCGGUGGAGGAAUGUGGGAUGUCCAGUGGAUUAUGCCACCUCAUUACCAGUUUGUACCCUACUAGGUCUCAGUGGCAUCAGGCUGUUUGCCUCCUGGUGCAGCUUAGUGAAAGCGGGACUUCGGCAGACACAGCAAAAGAAUUAUUGGAACUCGCUGCUGCCAGGUCGGCCUAUCAAGGGCGACGAUUUGAAGAUGUAUUUAAAUGGUCUUUAAGAUGUCGAUAUGUUCAUACUUCCUGUUCGCUGCAGCGCACCCUUUUGCGUGCGGCGAUCGCUGUGUCCUGUUGGGAGGAAGCAUUUGCAACGUUGGACAAACUGGUUAUGCGUCGGGUGGAGGAAGUUCCUGUGAUUACCCUGUGUGAGCUUUGCAGGGGUUUUAUGAAAGAGUACGGGCAGGGAAAACAUGUAAACCUAUUGGAUAAAUUUUCUACUAUCAUAAUGAAGUGUUGGGAGCUUUUCCGUACCGAAAUGAAGUUGGAGAUUAAGAGUUUUUUUGAGUUUAACGCCGUUGACACAGGUGCGUUGGAGGUUGAUUCGUUUAGUAAUGAGUUCGUUGUUUCUGGGGCGGAUGGGAAAUCACUUUGUGGGAGCCGAUACCCCAUAAGUGUGACUGACAUGGAUAAGCUAACUAGUUUGUUGUUAAAUAAGGGACAUUGGAAGGCGGCGCUGCACCUGUUAAGUAAGUUUAGUGAAUCUGAAUGGUCAAACGAGAGAGAAAAAGUGAUCGUCAAUGCCGCACGAGCCUCGAUGAGGUGUUGGGAGACUGCACUGUUAUUUGUCAGCUAG